UUUUUUAGCUUACAAUGUGUACAAUAAAAUUUAUGGCGGCCUAUCGAAUAGCAGGAUGCCAUUGUUUAUGUCGCCAUUACAUGUGAAAACCAAAUUGUUUUUGCUUUUUUUUAAAUUUUAUUCAGUUACCGAAAAUAUUAAAAACAUCAAAUACAUCCAAUCUUUAGUAAAGUCCAAAAAAAAACCAGACAGGCAGGAUUUUAUAACCAUAUUAAUUUUUCAUUAUGCUGGAGGUUUCAGACCUAUAAUUUGAAGUUGUGUCAUGGAUUUCCCAGCUAUUAUUGAAGAAAUUGCCCUUGAGGGAUUGGAUGGCAUCACUAUAAAUGCUCUGUGGCAAAGACUAGAGGAUAGACCAGAUUUUGUGAAGGGUAACCUUGAUGAUGCUGCUAAGAGAUUCAUUUGGAAAUAUGUAGCAGGUGUGCAAGACUUGGAGUUUUACCUACUUCCAGAGCCCAGACCCGAGCUGGUUAUUUUUAGAUACAGUGAUUUUAUUAGCCCAGAGGAUUGCAAGUGCAUAAUGCCUCUUGAUACACCAGCUGAUAUAUACUCUCACGACCAAGUGGACGAGUGUGGCAUACGAGGUAGCUGUGAUCAUUUCCAGACCCGCACCAAAAUCACUGAUGUCAUAAGAAGCUAUGGUGUGUGUCUCAUGUCUCUGGAUGAGGUCAUUGACAGGUGGGGCCAGUCCAUGGUUAUUGUAGCCAGUCAGAAACAGAGGAACCUGGCUUUAUUGGGCUGUGUCUUUAACCCAGCUGGAUUGAGUACUGAGCUGUACUGUACUCUUGAAGCUGUUGGAAGGGCCAGGUAUGAAGGGGACAUCACCUCUUGUAGAUAUGCUAGAGGGUUAUCUAACCCUAAGUUCAAGAAGUUGUUGCAGACUACACUGUUUGGGAAAUUAAAACAGUUGGAAAAUCAAGGGCUGGUAACUAAACAGCCUUUUACUGUAAAAUAUACAAACCCUCAUGGUCUGACCCAAGUUCGACUUGUUCAUCUUCGACGCUUCUAUCGGAUUACUAAAGCAAACUAUCGUGGCUAUUUACAAGCUGUUUCUGAUUUCUUGAUUAGCAAGCCCAAUCAGAUGGCGUUGUAUGCGGAUAUGAUCAGCAGUGUAGGCCUUACUGCCAGCAUUUUCAAGAAGUUGAAGAAUAAAUUUGGUGGCUACUAUGCUACAGAAACUAUUCCCUACAGGACCUUGUUUCCAACUUGUACAGCAAAUGAAUGGAAAACAAAGGCUGGACUUGAAAAAAGGGUUCGCGUAGUGAAACUGUUGAAGAGAUAUCAUGACACUGAUGAAUUUGAUGAUGAUGAUGAUGAUGAAAAUGAUGACAGCGAAGAUGAAGAAUAUCUUGACACUGGAAAAGUUGAUGACAAUGAUGAUGAUUUGAGUGCAGAGAACACGAGUAUGUCAGAGAAGAAAAAACCCAACAACAUUUAUGGUUCUUUGGGAUAUCACCGGUCAAUUCUAAGUCAAAUAAUGAUGGCCAUCCAAGACUCAGGAGAGAGGGGCCUCAUGGAGCGGGAUAUAAAAUACAAGCUGAGUUUGGCUAGAGUUCGGAUGAGACAUUGUAUGAAGGAACUUUGGAAAACCAAGUGUAUUUCUUCAAUUAUGAGAUCAUAUGGGAAACACAAUGGCACAUUUCUUGUAACCCCUGAGAUUGCAGACAGACUGAAAGCUAAAAAAAUGGAAGAAGUGGCUCCCAUACCCAAGAUAGAACUCGAUGUAAGCUUUGAUGGGGAGCAGAUGUUAGAUGACUUUGAUAUAUCAGAUGAGCAGGCGGUGCGUGAGCUUGAUGCCAAGGUUAAAGAUUUGAAUCUCAUAGUUAGCAUUGACCGGGCUGAUGGCGUUGUCACCCCUGACAGGAAGAAAGAAGAAAGUGAGAGAAAAACCAUGAGGAAACAAUACAUCAUAAAACAGCUGUCAGAUACGAAAGUGGUUCACAGUAUACACACAUUGUUUUUGAAUCUUUGUCAGCAUGAGAAAGAACAGGGUCACAAGGAGCAGAUGUGUCGUAAAUCUUUUAGAAAUAUUGCCAAAGAGCUUUUUACAGAGGGAAAACUCUACUACAUCAAUGUUAGCAUGCAGGAUAAACCAGAGAAACUGAUCCAAAAGAUGGUUGUUGAGCCAAACACACGGGUCAGUGAUGUGAAGGUUAAGCAGGCCCUUCUCUAUGCACGUCCGCAGUGUUUGAAGCUCAAGUACCAGGGCUCAUCUGCUGCAUACCCUGCACAAAAACCUGGUCCUAAGAAAAAAGGAGCAGCUUUAGGAUCUGGUCAAGACGUGGAUACCUCAGUAUUGUCAUCACCUCCCCUGUUGAAAGCAUCCACCAAAAAGGCCAACAGCAGCACGUCCAGCUCAAUGGUGUCCAUCUGUGAUCUGCUGGACAGGAACAUCACAGACCGCACCACUCCAGUCAAGAUACACAAGCAGAAGUUUGGACUGUAUGGGUCUCUUUCAAAGUUUGAACGUGCUGAAGUUCUUCACAAAUACAUGUUUUAUUUAUUUUACGAAUAUAAAGGCAACGUGGAAGCUGUUGAUUCACAGAAGAUGACCAACACACCUAUAGUUUAUUUAGAUGUUGAUGACUGGAGGAGAUAUUUGCCACCUCUCAAAGUACAUAAUGCCAACUACCUGGGCAGUGAUGAGAUGAAUGGCACUUGUAUGGUGGGAGACUUUCUGCUUCACAUGCCCAUCAAAAUCUUCUGUCAACUCAUUAAUUUACAGUGGGAGAUUCCUGGAUUAAAAGAGAUAUUAAAUCAUGUUGAUGAAAAAUUUUACCCAAUUGAUGCUCUGCCUGGAACUAUUUUGUCCCAAAUUUUGACCAAAAGACAGUACCUGGCCAAGCUGAAUGAAAACCUGAUUGUUUUGUGCCAGAUGGGACUCUUGACCUUUGGUCCGAGGACUUCAAAUAGAGAAAUAGAAUUUACUUCUGUUUACCUGCAUAAGAAAGCUAUGCUGCUUGACACAAGAAACAGUCUUCAGGGGCACAUCAUGACCCGUAGCCCAGAUGGCAAGCCAUUUGAAGCGCUGCAUUACAGCUUUACAACAAUGGAUGAAGUAGUCAGAUAUUGGAUGGAUCUCAGGGUGAUCAGUGUCAAUUCAAAGCUUGGCUCCAACAGUGUUGAGGACGUAAAAGGAAGUCAUGGCACUAUAUCUCUACUGGAUGCCAGCAAACCCCGCAGUUUUGAGGAUGUUGUUGAAGAGGAUUGGUUGCCAGGUGACAGGAGGGGUGCGGCUGGCUUGGACAGUUCAGUUUUUGCUCACAGAUAUAACAAUUGGAAUUUGGAAGGAAGUAGAAAGCGCAACAAUACUCGAGCUUUGAUGCUUCCUCUGACACUAAGUAUGGAGUCUGAGAGAGAGUUGGAUAACUCUCCACCACCAAUGGCAGACAAUGAGAUGAAUGGUGACUCACAACCAGCUCCCAAGCAGCGUAAAAGGUCAGGAAAAGUGGUGGAUACCAAGUUCAAAAUUGGUCCUGUUGGUGGUGAGGCUAAAUUCCGAACCAUGGAAGCCAGAAAAAACAGACUCCCUGCUCAAAGAAAAAAGAAACCAAGAAUGCAAUAUAUGGAUGAUGUAGACAGAGAGGCCAAGAAAAACAUGAAGAUGAUUAGAUCCACUUUUUCUCCACUGGAGAAUGGAAUGCUGCUGUUGUUUCAAGUGACCAACUGCAUCCUCAGCCCAAGCUCCAACAUUCCAUGUGUUCCCUCUAGAUUCCUUAGAGAUAUCCUGCAGAGACUUAUACCAGAUUCCAAAGACAAAACAGCCAACUCAGUCAAAGGAAAGUCAGUACGUCUGAUCAGAGAUAAGAGGUUCAGAGGUUAUCUCACCAGUUAUAUCUCACAAGCUAUGAGUGAUGAGAGAAUAAUGAGCAAGCUGAGGAGCACCAAACGUCCAAUUGUUUACAGUCAGGAGAUGCAGAGGCUGUUUGCUGAACUCUUUGAGGAGGUCAGGUUAAAGUUCAGCUCCCCACUCUCCCAGACCACCUACCUGCCAGCAACAGUGGCAGAGUUGGGGGAGAGUUACUACGUGAGACUGACUGAAGAAAUUUUGUGCAAAACCCCAAAGCUUGUGGAUAACAUAAAAACUGAAGAUGGCAUUAAGGCAAUGGUUGUUUGGGAACUUUUAGAGAGUUUUCUCCACCUGAAGCAACCCCUGUCAGGUAAAGCUGUCUACUACACCCUGUCUAAAUAUCCUAAUGAAGUCAUUCACAAGGCUUACAAUCUCCUGCGACAUUACAGUAUUAUAGUCCAGAUGAAGAAAUUUGAGAAAGAUCGGAUGGAAAUAUUGAGCAAUGCUUCACUGUUAAACAAUCAUAAAUGUAUGCUCAGGCACAAGGAUGCUCUCAAGUCCAAGCUGCCAGCAGAUUUGUUCAGCAAUUUGUUUGGUCAGCUUGAAGAGCUGAGGAAAGCCAAAGCUGCCUAUGAUGCAGAUGUGGAGCUGGGCCUGUUUGACUGGCCUAAGGACGGCUCACCCCAGUCUCAAGCUGACAGACUGGAGGAUGAGCCAGGAGACUUUGUGGAGAUGAAUCUAAACAAGUAUCAGGGAGGGGCUAAUCUAGCCAUCAUCUCGCUAAUAGCUCUUAAUAUGGUUGAAGUCCAAGCUAAAAUUCCUGAUGAAAUGGUCAGACUGGACGAAGAAGGGAAAAAGAAACUGACCUACAAACAACCUCAGUCAGAGAGUGCUCGCAAGAGGAAACUACAGGCCCUCAUGGAGAGUGAUGAGGAUUCUCUGGAUGAGUGGGAAUAUGCAGCAUCUUACAAGCAGCAGAGAAGCGGUAAAAAGGGCACAAGCAGGCAGUACAAGCGUCAGCUGAUAAACAGCCAGUCCCCUGGAGCUGACACAGACACGUGUGGCCAGAGUGUAGAGAAGGUGGUGUAUGCUGGCAACAUCGUGCUCAGCUUGAAGGAAAUCAAAACAUCAGCCAGCGGAGUGCUGGGGAACUUCACGGUCUGGGUGGGUUCAGGCUCCCUGCUCACCCUGGCUCGCACGUCUGUCAUAGAAAAACUGGACCUGCUCACAUCCAAGUGUCUCUUGCAGAGAAACUUUAUCGUGGAGACUAUGAAGAUGAAGUUUGCACUGACAGAUGGCAGUGAGCCACCAAGAACUGUGGAGCAUGUCACCCAGCCUGAGAAAAGGAGGAGGCCGGAGAAGAAACCUGGCAGUGGCUUGGACAAGCUGCUGGACAUGGACACAUACACAGAUCUGAUCGUCCAGUUGGAGAAAUAUUAUUCCCCUGACCUAGACAGGGAUGACAUGGACGCCAUUCUUGUAGACAAGUUGCCAGCACAUCUCCAGGACAAAGGGAGAGAAAUGCUGAACAUCAUUGAUAAUACUGGCAUUUUUGGAAUAUCUGAAGAAGCUCUGGAGGACAAGAUGGGCACGUCUUUCAAUCAACUGACAAGUCUUCUAGCCCAGCUCAGCCAAGCGGAUAUCGUGUUUAAAGCAGGUGUGACCGAGAGAAAGUUUGUCAGCAGACGACACGUCAGGCCGUGGAUGGUCCAAGUUCAGAGAGACAAGAAAACUGCUGGCGGUAAAAGGAAUGAAACUGUUGUUUAUCAAUGUCGGCUCUGGCGUCAUUUCAAUGGCAGUUUAAAUUAUGACGGCCUUCACACACUGCUGCACCGUGUCAUGACCUUCACCAUGUUGCACCCUGGGAUAGCUGUCUCAAGACUCUGCCGUGCCCUCAGUCCUGACGUUCUACCUGCGACCACAAUGGACAUCAUCGAGAUCCUAGAGACCAUUGGCUGUAUCACAUUAAGUCUGGUAGAGAAGACGAGUCCAGCAAUGUUGUUCUCCACAAGGCGGAGAACUUUACGUAUUGGAGACAACUUGCGGCUUUGUGAGAGUGAGAGGACCAUCAAUGUUCUCAUAGAAGCACCAAUCAAGCUGGCCUAUUUUCUUCAAGUGGCCAGCCAACACUGCGGCCAACCCCUGGAGGAGAUGGCCAGCCAACCCCUGGAGAUGGCCAGCCAACCCCUGGAGAAGAUGGCCAACUCUGCUGGUGCAUGUGACCACUGAUCAACUUUUUUAUUUCACAAACUAAUUAAAUAUGUAACUAGUUGCAAGUAAAUAUUGUCAUUUGUUGUAAAGAAUAAAGCAAACUAAAACUGUUAUGAAAAUUUUAUUACAAUACAGUAGCUUAAAAUAAUUCAAUUUGACCAAAUCAAGAUAAAUUUGGUGUUAACUAAAUUUUGUAUAACAUACAUUACAUACAAAAUAUUACAAAUAAAAUGAUGAACUGACAUCAGGGGGACUAUGGAGCUUGCAUUAUAUUUUUUUUUAAUAAAGUUCUGAGAAAGUUGGGAAAAUAAAUCUAGCUCAAACUUCUAGU